AUGGAAGGCAAUAACAUCGCUGCGAACGUCGCGGCGGUGGUCGCCGCGUCAGAGCACGCUCUGGCGGCGGCCUCCAAUGCUCCGACCCCCGCGACCGCUCCUCCAGGGUAUCGCCCACUCACAACGGUCGAACUCUUUGUUGUAAUGAACCGCAUGGCCAAAGCCGCCACCGCCUCUGAACGCGAGGCCGCGGAAAAGGCUUACAUAAGGUUCUUACAGUACGACCUCGCCGCCGCACUGCCAGGCGCAGCCAGUGAAGAGGCCAAGGUACCGCCGGGAGCCCCGCCAGGCGUGUCCACGCAAGAGGACACUGCACUGCCGGAGGCGGCCCCGAAGGGAGCAGAGCCACCAGGCGUGGCGUCUCAUGCACCCACUGCCCUGCUGGCUCCCCCCACGGUACAGGCCAGUCAAGAGGCUGCUGACCUGCCAGCAGCAUCUCACGAGGACGUCAUUCCAGAAGCCAACCUGGAAAAAUUAAUCCACGAUGGCGAGGCUAUGGAAGUCUCACUCCCAUCGCGAAAAAGGCCGGCGGAUGACGAUGAGUCGUCCGAAAACACCCCUUCUUCUGCCCACAGAAUGCCGCAGCAGAAGAAGAAGCAAACCGCGCCUGAAGGCGCCACAGAAGACAUUGAAGCAGAGGAGGAAGAAGAUGAGUUUGUCGUCCCCAAGCGGAAGCACACGGCUCGGGCAAGGAAGCUCGAGCAGGUGCAGCCGCUCCCGACGGCAAACUCGUUCGAGUCCGCCCCAAUCGACACCGAGGCUAUGGAGGAAGCGCCAAGGCCGCCCAAAAGGGUGGCCCCACCACCAAUCAAUGUCCUUUGGAAGGACACCUUCCGAGCCUUCCUAGAAAAAUUCUCUGAUGGUGUGUCCGCACCACCCAAAAUAAAGUCCCUUGGGCGCGAGAUGUUGCGCAUCACACCUGCAAACAUGGACGACUACCGCGCAACCAUGAAGACUGCAAAAAGAGCAAAGAUGAACCGCCGAAAUGCUGCAACUGCAGUGAACAACACGUGGCCAGCUACAGGGGCUGCAACCUAUUUAAAAAGACCAGGCGCCGCGGACGCGGACGUGGAACGUCACGCCCAGUCCAGCAAGGCACCAGCUAUGCCACAGCCGCAAAAGGCGCGGCCCCAGCCCACCAGGAGCGACAGCAAGCACCCCCAGACGCCACGAACAAGCCGGCUGCCACAAACCAGUCACCAGCAGCCCAGCCAGGCCCCACACCACCCGCAACAAGCACCAAAGACUGCA